GAUAUCUUCGAUUUAAUUAUUAUCUUUUAAUAAUUAAAAUCUAAGAUGGAAGAAAAUCCUAUAGAGGAUUAUCAACUAAAACAAAUAAAGGAUAAAUUUGAUAUUUUUGAUAAAAAACAUAUAGGAAAAAUCAAAACAAAAGACUUACCUCUUAUUAUACAUGAACUUGACAUCAAAAUUGAUAAAAAUGAGUUAAAUGAAUUAAAGAAUAUUCUGGAUAAUGAACGUACUGGAUGGAUCGAAUAUGAGCCUUUUAAAGAGAUGAUAAUAUUGAAAAUAAAGGAUAAUGAUCCGAAUUUGAGUAUUAUCAAGGCAUUCUCAUUAUUUGAUAAAGAUUCUAAGGGAAAAAUUACCCUUGAAGAUCUUAGACGUGUAGCCAAUGAUAUUGGAGAAAAAGUAUCUGAUGAAGAAUUAAUAGAAAUGAUUGAUGAAGCAUCACCCUCUGGAUAUGUAGGUAUUGUUGAGUUUGAAAAUAUUAUGAAAAGAGCUGGAGUUUUCUGAUUUCACUUUAAAAUACUAAUUCAAAUAAAUAUUGUAUUUUUUUU